AAAAUUCACGAAAUAAUCCCGUGGUUUUCUUUCAAGAAUCCUGUAAAGGAAAAGAAUGUCUGGAGAAAUUUUGCAACAUUCCGGCACUGUUACUGUUUUUUUUGCUGGGUGUGACAAUCUCCCAGAGCACUUGGUGCGCUUUGUAUACCACGCACGGUAAUACGAGCCAUUGAUGAAGUUCGGACAUGUCAUUUUUGACUAAAACUAAAAAUUUUUAAAAUAUCGUCAAACUAUUAAUUUCUAGAGGGGUUCAACAAGAAAACCGAUGAAACCACCUUAAAACUCUACUUUUGGUAUGAAAAAAGAUACUCGUUUAAGCUCCGACAUAAUGUCCAAACCCUCUCAUUCGCUCACUCGCUCCACUUUGCGACACCGAAAGAUAUGUAAAACGAGUUUGUAAUGAUGCCCUCGAGCUCGGUUGCACCGGCCGGCUUACGGUUAAGCCAUUUCCGUUCGAUUACAGUUUGAAACAAUGCGUUAUUGUAUAGUCUUCAUGUGCAUAUAUGAAGUAGUGAUUUAUGAUGAAUAGCAUUGAGGGUUUAUAGUGAUAUAAGUUGUGAGAGUCGAAGUCUCUCCAUUAGCAUAUAGUUCAGUGUGAUUAAGUGAAUUGAAAAGAUGGAUGAAGAAAAGGAGGAUGAGAAAAUUAGCUGGAGCUGCUGGCUGCGAACGAUAUUCGCUUGCAGCGGAGCGAUGAUGAUUUUCAUUUUUUCGGGAGUGACGGAAACCCUGUCAUCUACGCUCUUGCCUCAACUUAAAGAAAAGGACAGUAUAAUCCAUGCCACGCCGGAGGAGGAAACUUGGAUAGCUAGUCUUGGCAUCUUGAUGGCACCAAUCGCAUCAUUGGUCGUCGGCCCAACUAUAGAUCUGAUUGGACGGAAGAAAGGGCUGCUGUUCUUCUACCUCGACAUGGGUGUUGGUUUCAGCAUAAUUGCAUGCGCCACGGAAGUGUGGCAUAUAUGCGUGGGUCGGUGUGUUUGCUCUUUUGCUAUUGGUAUGGAGGUGGCAGCGGUAGUCUACAUCGCGGAGACGUGCACGAAGAAGCAGCGGAGCGUGCUACUCUCGAUCCUCACGGUGUCGUUCACGUUCGGGGUGUCCCUGACGUACUUCGUCGGCGGCUACCUCCCCUGGAAAGUCGCCUCGGGUGUCUUCGCCACUGGCUGCUACCUCUACUUCUUCAUCCAGCUAUUCGUCCCGGAGUCUCCCGCCUGGCUCUACAAAAAGGGCGACAUCGACGCCUCCAAACGGAGUCUCCAGAAACUCGGGCGCAGCCCCGAAGGAACUCUCCGGGAACUCGAGAUACUCCGCCUCUCCGCAAAGGAGCUCUCCGAGAAAUUUCGCUUCAAGGUAUUCCUGGAGCCGACCGUGUGGAAGCCCUUCCUUAUUAUGUCCACCUUCCACCUCCUGCAGAACCUGUCCGGCGUCUUCCACAUCAUGAACUACACCCUGGACUUCAUCCAGCGGCUGGGCACGAGCUACGACCCUCUCACCGUCUCGAUCAUCAUCGCAGUGUCGAGGGUGAUCACAUGCUGCACGGCCGGCAUGUACGCCACCGCCUCCGUCGGGCGGAAACCGGCCACCAUCGUCUCUAGCAUCCUCAUGACCCUCUCCUUCCUGGGUGCAGGCAUCUACGAGUACGUUUUCCAAGACACGCCCGUCGGACAGAAACCCUACGAGUGGGUACCGAUCGUCCUCCUCAUCGUCAACAUCAUCAGCGGCAGCCUGGCUGUAUCGAUCCUUCCGUGGUUGAUGUCCAGCGAGCUCUUUCCGCUUCAGGUCCGCGGAUCAAUGAACGGGGCUGUAUACGUAGUUGGGACGAGUCUAAUGUUCGUAUCCAUCAAGCUCUACGCCGUAUGUUUGGAAAUUUUCGAGAUCUGGGGGUUGCUUUUGGUGUACACCCUGGGGUCUUUUCUAGCGGUUCUCUUCGGGAUAUUUGUCCUGCCUGAGACACAGAACAAGACUCUAUUGGAGGUCGAAAGAGGGUUCCUGCCCAAAAAUCGCAGGAACAUCGCAAGCAGCCCGAAUGCGGAAGCCACGAGGAAUUCAGAGGAUGCUGGUCAAAUUGAAGCGGGGUCAGAAAGGAGCGAUGAAAGCAAAGAAUAACGUGGCAAGGAUGCACUGUGUUGCACUGCAUUUGGACUCAAUUCUGUGAUAAGAAUCUAAGAUCUGGACGUAUUAGUGCUAAGAGCUACGUGAAAAUAAAUUAAACCAAAAGGAACUAUACUGAACGAAGAUCCAUGCGAAUCAUUCCUCUUAAUUUAGUUCAUUUUCGUAUGGUUCUUUUUGGUAUAAAUCCUUCCAUUUCUGGCUACUUUUGAUGUUACCAUAAAAGUAACAUCGUUACUUCCCAUAGAAAAGGAGAUCGGAUCUCAAUCGAUACCAAGGGAUCUGAUUUUAAUAUGAGACCAACAUGAUUGUUUUAGCCCUACUUUAGUUUAAUCAGGGCAGCAUCAGUUUAUCUCUCUUUGGCAUAAGCUAUGUAUCUGUUUGUUUAUUUUAAGAUUCAUAAGGAACUAAUUGAGAUAAUGAUUGCCUGAUGAUAGCUGGUGAAUGUGGAGCGCUGUAAUUUGCUGAGCAAAUUUUUGUUAAUCAUCUCAUGCGUUGGCUGAAUCAAUACUGCAGCUCCGAUUUUUAGUAGUCGGUGAUCAAUGAGUACAUCAGAGCGUUAAUCUCCGAACUUGACUGUAAAUAUAAUAGGAAGAUAAUAAAGCCGACUGACUAAAAUAUAUCUCAUUUGGUUAUCAUGUCCAAGAUUUUCUUUUUAUGAGCAUGUUAUUCGCCCUUAUGCUGUCACUUUAUCUUGUAUUUAAAUGAAUAGGAACCAUCCUGAUUGUAAAUUGGAUCCUAAGGCCCAUUAAAAUACAUCCAUGACCAAGCCCA